ACAUAAAAAAGAAAGAAGGGUUGAAUGAAUGUUUCCUCCAUUCGAAACGAACCUCUCGCUUUCCCUCUCCCUCUCGGUAUGAGCGGUUUCAAUCAGCUAAGCUGAAGGUGAUUAUAGGAGCAAAGCCUUCAUUUACCUGAACUUUGAAUGAUUCUCUGAACUUCUUUAGCAGAAAUCAAAUUACUUAAGAUGGUUCAACAAUCAGUAGAUUUUAAAUUCAAUGACUAUGGGCUGGGUAGUCCUGAAACUAAUUUGCCCAGUCAUGAUAAGCAACAGCAGGUUGCUGCUAAGAAGACAGCAUUGAGAGAAUUGCAGAAUGAAAACAGAAUUGUGGUGCCAAAUGCUAAUGGAACUUCUCUAUAUUCAAAGAAUAGAGGACCUGUUAAUGAUGCCAUUAAGGUUUCUGGCACCAAGAGACCAUUGCAUGAUUCCCCGUUAAGUCCCUUAAGAGACCAAUCAUUGAGCAACAAUGUUACAAAUGGACAUCUUGUAUAUGUUCGUAGAAAAUCUGAAACAGAAUUGGGCAAGAUCGGCAUGUCUGACAGCACAACCAUUAGAGCUGAUUGCAUGCACCCAAAGCAAGCUGGUCAAUCUGAUUGCGUUCAUCGACAAUCCCAGAUAAAGGAACCAAAGGUUUCUUGUUUUCCAGCAUUUUCACCUUUACCGAUGACUUCCUUCACAAGCACAUCUGGAAAACCAUCAAUUCCUGAACUUGGGAGGUCUCUUAUGAAAUCUCCAGUGGAAUCCAAUUAUCAUCCCAUUGGUUCUGCUUCCCCCUCAGAUGGUCCAAGAGGAAUGAAAAAUCUGCUCUGGGAAGAACGUUAUCAACGAUUACAGAUGCUGUUGAAGAAAUUAGAUGAAUCAGAUCAAGAGGAAUAUGUGCAGAUGCUUUGGUCACUUUCCUCGGUUGAACUUAGCAGACACGCUAUUGAACUGGAAAAGAGAUCAAUUCAGCUUUCAUUGGAGGAAGCCAAAGAAGUCAACCGUGUUGCAAUGUUGAAUGUGUUAGGAAAAUCUAUCAAGAAUCUGAGAGAACCCUUGACAUAUCCAGACCUCAGUCAAGCAAAUAAAAGACCAUGAAGAUGAGGCAGUGUUUUCUUCAUACUUUUUCAAGGACGAAAGCACGUACUGUUUCUUGUUACCCCUGAAUUUUAUGUGAUGGUUGUCUUCUCUCAAGUUGGCUUUAUCCAGUGUAAUAUUCUACCUGAGAUUUCUUCUAAAGUUUCCUCUCUAGUGUCAAAAGCUAUUGACACUAUUAAGUUCCAACUUUGUUGACUGUCAUAUAGUGCUAAAAUGAUCAAUUGCUCAGUUUUACUAA